AACAUAACAGAUGGAGAAGAGCUGCCAAAACAGAAUGAAGUUGGUCAAGAUCCGGAAGUUGGUAUGGAGUUUGAAAGUAGAGAAGCAGUCUAUGAUUUUUACAAAGCAUACAGGAAGCGUUUGGGAUUUCCUAUAAGAACUAGGAGCACAACUAAAGACAAAAGAGGAGAACACAUUAUGUCAAUUCUACUAGAAUGUUCGCGGGCUGGUCGAAGAUGUAGUCAGUCAAAAAAUCAAUUGAUGCCCCAACCUUCAAUGCAAAUAGGGUGUGAAGCUAGACUACGAGCGCACGUAAAUUAUGCGGGAAUUUGUAAAAUUUCAAAAGUCUUUUUACAACAUUCACAUCCUAUGAGUCCAACAAAGGCUCGCCUAUUCCGAUGCAAUCGGAAGUUAACUCAUGGAAUGGCGAGGAAACUUGCAAUAAAUGAUGUUGCGGGAAUACGACUUAAUAAAAGCUUCACCGCGGCCGUUGUUGAGGCCGGUGGGUAUGAUCAACUUCCCUUCAUUGAAAAAGAUUGUAGGAACUAUAUAGAUAAAGUUGAAAAAGAGCGUAUGGAUAUUAAUGGGUUUAAGAAGAAUGUGAACUUCUAUAUUGAGUUUGACCCAAUUACUUGUUUUGGAAUAUAUAGUUGUCAUUUGUUUGAGUUUAGGGGAAUGAUAUGUAAACACUUAAUUGUGGUCCUAAUUCGGCUUGAUAUACAACUCUUGUUCGAGGUGUACCUAAUGAAAAGAUGGAGGAAAGACAUGAAAAGAGCGUACCAACGAGUGAAAAUCAAUUAUGACGGGUGGAUUACAACGGUUGAACAACACCGCUUUGACAAGUUAUGCAAGACCUUUGAGAGUUUUGCCAACAUGAUAGCAGAUGAUGAGGCCAAAUACAACGAAGUCCUCCUUUGGUUGGACACCCAAUUGUCCACAUAUACUCCUCCGGUUAACCAUUCUUCUAUUGGUGGCAACAUGACACCACUUGAAGACCCAACCACAAGUAUAGGUGGCGAGGUCGAAGUUCUACCUAUUGGAGAUCCUAAAUGUACGAAGCGCAAGGGAGCUCCAAGGAAAAACCGAGCAAAGGGUCCACUACAAAAGGGGAAGAAGAAAGGAAAGGCAAAGAAGGAUAAUGCACGAGCCGCUGCCACAACGAUCCAAAGUAACGGUGUAGCUAAUGUGCCAAUUGUGUACUCUACUGGUUUAGAUUUAAAUCUAUCUUUGAUGUGAAUUAAUUGGUGUUAAAUGUAUAUUUGGUGUUAAACGGUGCAGCUACUGGUGGCACAAUUGUAUAGUUUUUUGUCUGGUUUUUGUCAC